GUGUGACAUUUAACCUCUCAGAAAGACUCAGCAAUGAACUCGUCAUCCAGCAGAGAAAUGUUGAGGUGUGACUGUUGCCUCCCAUCUCUGAUUGCAGCAGGUGCGUGUCUGAUUGUUGCGCCUGAAGCUGCUCUUCUCUGAAGUGACUCCACGUCUCCUUUUUGACAUGUUUUCCACCUCACGCGCCCUCUGAUUUCCUGAUUUGAAGAACAAUGUGGCAAACGCCCGGCCUGUCAGCCUCCAACCACACCAACGCGUCAGCUGCUGACCCCGAGGGGCUGCUGGAGCACCGCUCCCUCAAAGUGGGCAUCAUAACCGCUUUGGGCUUGAUGAUCACUCUGGGAAACGUUGCGGUGCUGCUGGUGAUCACGUCGUCGGUGGCCGGUUGGUCGAGGAACUCUCGAUACUUCCUGCUCUCCCUGACGGCCGCAGACUCCGCGUUCGGGCUGCUGGUCAUGCCCCUGAACCUGUGCGUCAGCCUCCUGAAGGACUACACGCACGGCCCGGACGCGCUCUGCCACGUCGUGGCUUUCUGCAACGCCACCGUCUACUCCACCUGCAUGUACACGCUGGCCACCAUCAGCCUGGAGAGGUACAUCGCGGUGUUCUACCCGCUGCAGUACUCCACCCUCAUGACCAGGAGGAGGACGCUGCUGCUGAUCGCCUUCGCCUGGUGCUUCCCCCCCUUCCUCCUGCUGCCAAUCUCAUUCCCAGACAGCAUCAUCGAGGUGCAUUUCUCCAACGCCUCGCUGGUUUGCAAUCCAUCCUACUCCACAAACAUCACCUACUCCCUGAGCUUGACGGCUUUAAUAUUCUUCCCCUGCUCCAUCGUCAUGACAUUUGCAAACCUGAGGGUGUGGUGCGCAGCCAAGAGACAGAGGCUGAAAAUGCGCAAAUACGGCUGCGCGCUCCGCAGCAGGCACAACGUGGCAUCGAGGGUGCUCGUGCCCGUGAUGGCAGCCUACUACACCUGUUGGACUCCCUGCAUGGCAACCAUGAUCUACAAUGCCGUCUCAGGUAGCACAGUACCAGAGUGGGUGGAGUUUGUGGUGGUGUGGCUGCCGACCUCCAAUGGUUUCCUCAACUGUAUCUUCUAUUUCUGGAUAAACCGAAACUUUCGCAGGAAAUUCCAUCUCGUCCUGCAGAGGUUGGCUCUGGCUGUUUGCCCUAAGUUGGCCAGCAGCCUGGGCUGCAGCGGCAUCUCAACCACGCCGUUUGAGUCUGGAUUCUUGGACAACAACAACAGUGUUUAUGAGCGCUCGUCCAGUGUGUCCUCCACCUGUACGUUGGUGAGCUUGGCUUAGGACUUUCAGGCUAAGGAAAUCAUAAUCUGAGAUUAUUGUGUAUUUUAUUUAUUCUUUUUAUCAGAAUUCAAUAUAAAAAUAAGUGUUCAACUGACAAGAACGAGCUCUGUUUAUGUGAUUUCACUCGUUGGCACAGUAACCAGGAUUUACCCUCUGGUCAGAGAUGGCCUCUUAAACCACCUUUUUAGUUGUUUUAUGGUUAUUAGCCAUUAACCUCGUCUGUACCUCAGGAGUUCCUACUAACAUCCUUCAUAAAGCUUUUAAUAAUGUCAACCUGUUAAGCUACUCAGGUCAACACGUCCAUGAUGUUUAGUCAGCUGAUCAAAAUAACCCAUCUUUGGGCUGCCUUUCAUUUUCGACAUUUAAAUGUUUCUGAUUAAAUUCACUUUGAAGAACUAACGCCAUCUUACUUCUCCACCUUAACACCUGUGUUGAAGACUGGCAUGUAACGGCUAAGAGAAUUUAACCUUUACGUCAGAGCAUUUCGGAGCAUGCAAGGAGAAAGAUAAUUAAGCACAUCCACCUCGCAAAAGGUCACUACGUUUGUGCUGAGAAGAGAUAACUAGUGCUGGAAAGAUCCCGAGCUUAAUAUCUCCAAACAAACAAAUAUAGGGUUGGGAGGGAAAUCCUUUGGGACUUUCACCUUCAGUUUGAAUUUAUUUUGAUAAAUUAGCAUUUAAAUCUUUAUCUAAACACAGCUUUCUAUUGUUGUAAGGGCAGUUAUAGGCAAAUGGGGUCAUUAAAAACUGCAUAAAGAGGACUUUUGAACAUAUUAGGAAAUCACAAUUUUAUUCAUUUUUUAGUAUGUAUUCUGCAACUUGGAAUUACCAUAAAUAGAAAAGCAGCAUUUACAAAACUGUGACCUUCGGAAGUAAUAAUGGUCUGUGAAUGUAAACGUUGCUAAUUUUAAACUAUAAAGAAAAAUGAAUGUGACUGUGUGAAAUAAAGCAUAAAGCCUUUGAA